GCAUGGUUCGUGACUAGAAUUAUUGAUCUAUACCAAUCGUAUCAAGCAAUUGGAGUUGAUGAAGGAGCACUCGAAAUAUUCCAUUCCAAAAACAUACACUUCGGAAUCUGCUUCUCGCGCCUUUGCAAGGACUCUUUGCCCCAUUGUGAUCUUCUUUGUUAUACUUCUCGCCAAGAUGGCAUGGUCAAAGGCUAAGGAUACCCAUAAGGAAUCUCAAAGGGAAGCGGAUCUCAAAAGUCGUUUUGCAACUCUGAGGAAACAUCUGAAAGACAUGGUUCGUGAUGAGAUUGAGAAAAUGGAAGGUAGGAUGACAGGGAUUGAAGGUGGGAUCGAAAAUGUUAGGGAGGAGCUGUCUAAGAAGUAAGGAGAAAGAGGCAUGAUCUUUAUGAUUAGGAUCCAACCAUUCCUCAAAAAUGGCAUUUUCAUAUACAAUUCUUCUCAUGCUUUUAUGUUUCAGGAACUCAUAAAGAUGGAACAACACA